AUGACCAAGGAGAGCAAUGGCCAACCGCCGCGGCCAAUUUCUACCUCAACUGGCGCCCGAAGAAGAAGAGGACUUGGUCCAUCUCAAAAUGAAGUGAACCAAGUUGGCAGUGCUACUUCUGAUGGUGGUGCUACUGGAGCAUUCUUUGAUCAAGGCGCUGAGACAUCUUCUGCUGACAAAGAACCCUACGUUGGUCUGUCGUCGAUCUUUGAGCCCGAUGAGAACCCUCAUCAGAGUGCCUGGCGUGAAGAGAAGCCCGCAGUUAUGGUGCCACAUCACUCCACCAGUGCCAAGGCUGGGAAGCUGAAGAAGCAACAAAGCAAAAAGGACAAAAAACAGAGCAAAAAGGAUCAGAAACCGAGCAAGAAGGACCAAAAACCGAGCAAGAAAGACAAAAAGCAAAGCAAAAAGAAGCCAACGAAGAAGACAACGACGACGACGGCUGUGGCAAAGAAGACGAUGGCAGCUGUAAAAAUGACGACAACCUCAAAAGUGUCGACUGCGAUGGCAAAGAAGGCCUCAAAGAAACGCCGAUCGACUGGAAAAAUUCUUCAUCAGGACCAUCACAACCAUCCUAAAAAGGAAAGUCACCCAAUCAAACAGCAAACAAGCAAGAAACAGGAGAAACAGCAAACUAAGAAGCAACAAGAGAAGCAAAAAACAAAAAAGAAAAACCCAGAGCUGGUGGUAAAGAAGCCAGCACCUUCUCAGAUCGUUGAUCGAAAUCUGAGCAAAAAGCCUCAGCCGACCACUCGAACUACAAAGUCAGAGUCUAAGUCAAAGAAGAAAAAGAAGAUGCGACAGCUAUCGACGCAAUCAAAAACCUCAAAGAAAACAAAGUCAAAGAAGCAGCAGCCAAAGUAG